AUGUCUGAUCAACCUCAAAAGCAAUCUCAUGCCGCUAUCAAAAAGCAAAAGAAUACAAAAUUUCCCGUCGCUCGCAUAAAGAAAAUUAUGCAAAUGGACGAUGAAGUUGGUAAAGUUGCACAAGCAACGCCUGUACUUAUUUCUAAAGCUUUGGAAUUAUUUAUGCAAGCUCUCGUCGAUGAGACUAUCAAAAUAACUCAGGAGAAGGGCGCUAAGAAAAUGACGGCACAACAUCUCAAACAGACAAUUUCAAAUACUGAACAAUUUGACUUCUUGACUGAAAUCGCUGAUAAAAUACCUGCUCCCUCGGAAGACACUGCAACAAAGAAACGUAGAGGUCGCAAGUCUAAGACAAAUGAAGAUAAAGAGGAUUCUGUUAAAGAUGAAUCUGCGCAGGCUAUCCAAGAAGAUUCUUUACCAGCAAAGCAAGAAGAUUCUACAUCAACCGAUCAGCAACAAUCUGAGCAUCAACUUCCUACACCUGCCGAGCAACAAGAUCCUCCUAAUGUCAAGGCUGAACAAGACAUCACACAACAUGAAUCUCAACCACCUCAGCAACUCCAUGAUACACUAUCGAAUGAAUAA